GUGCUCAUUCACAGUCACCUUACCCGGGCGUCUCAAACUAUGAGCUCGUUCUCGGACCUCCCAGCUGAACUGCUCAUUGAGAUCCUGGAACGAUGUGCACUCAAUGACCCCUCAUCGCCUCCCACCCUCGCCCAGGUAUCGCCAGCGUUCCACACCGUCGUUCACGGUACCCCAUCCCUCUGGCAAUACAUCGAACUGCGGGACGAUGAUCUCAAUAUCCUCUCAUAUCAACACAAGGCCCAGAUGUGGAUGGUCAAAUCCAGUCCCCACCCUUUCGAGGUCGAUCUAUACAUCGAGCGCGCCACAGACAGCAUCCUCCCCCUCCUCCAUCCCAUCAUCCCACAACUGCAUAGGUGCCGGCGUGUUAGCAUCAAGGGAAAGCGGAAGGAGGACUACGUCUUUGACACCGGCGGGCCUGCCCCCACUCAUGCAGGCAAGAUCGUCAUUGCAAUGCGGGGAGGCGCCGAGGAUGAGCUCGAGGACGACGCGGAUCUCCUCUCCGGCCUGGCACAACCCGUGCGCACCUUCUACCACUCCCAAUUCUCCGACACCGACGGCCUCUCGCUCUACAUCCGCCUCACCAGCCUCCCCCACAUCCUCCCCCACCUCACCCCACCCGACGCCCUCGCGGGCAUCGAGGCCCUCACGAUCGGCACCGCCUGGCACGGUCCCGGCUGCGUCGCCCCCAAGCUCGUCCUCCACCUCCUCCGCUGCUUCCCCCGCCUGCGCAGCUUCACCUACCUCGGCCGCAUCGAUCCCGCGCUCAUCCAGGCGCCUGACGUUGACCUCCCCCUCGUGCGCAUGCCUCACCUCACCUACCUGCGCCUCUCGAGCAUCUGCUCCACGCGGCUGCUAAUUGCGCACCUCGCCGCGCCUGCGCUCGAGGAUUGCGUGCUCGAGAGCCUCAACAUCGACCCGAGCGUCACGGACGGCGGCGAGAUCUUCGCGGCGGACUACCUUACGCAUGUCGGGGACGCGGGACAGGAGGAGGGCGCGCAGAUCCCGGACGACCCGAGUCAGUCACCGUGGAGCGAUUGGAGCACGGGGCGCGGGAUACGCGCGCUCUGGGCGAACGAACCGUUCGGCGCCCUGCGCAUACUCGAGAUGGACUACGCCGACAUGCGGAGCCGCGACUUUCGGUUCGUGUUCGCGCGGCUGGACAGGCUGGAGACGUUCAAGCUCGUCGCGAGCGACAUGUCCGACCGCGUCUUCCGGUGGCUGGCCCCCAGUUCUGAUGACGAGCUCCCGGGUGCCCCGGAGCAUGGAGUCUUCCUGCCUUCUCUGCGAAACCUCAACUUGAUCAAGUGCAAUCGUCUAUCGGCGGACGUCAUUAUCGACGUGCUCACGCGGCGCAUGGUGCACUGUCGGCUUACACAGGCUGACAAGCUCAGUCUGCCGUUCACGCUGGAAGAGAUUCACCUGGUAGAGAUGCUGGGCUUCCAUCCUGCCGUUGACGGCGCGCGCCUGCGUGACAACCUUGCUGCAGCAGGCUUCACGGUCGGUGGCAACGCCGGGCAAGUCAAAGUUAUCUGCCAAGACUGGGCAUAGAAUCCAGACUGAUCCCUUUGGCACAAGCUCACCCGCAGCGGCAGCGAAUGCUUCAGCAAAUGUACAACUAUGUGCAAGUAACUACCUCAAUCUUUUUUACCAAACGUGUGUAGUAUGUUGACCUUACCAUCGCCUCUUCUCGCAGACGGGCUUACCUC